AUGGAUAGGAAAUUCCUGAUGAUUCUCGUCCUGGGCUGCGGCUUCAUGUUCGUUUUUACUGCGUUCCAAACUAUGUGCAACAUUGAGAAAACUAUACUGGACAGCAUUUCCCAGGAAGAUGAUACCUUCAAGGGCGAGGGCUACACAAGUCUGGCCAUUAUUUAUCUAUUCUUUUCGCUCUCCAACUGGCUGGCACCGUCCUUCAUAUCGUUUACGGGACCUAGAGUGGCCAUGGUGGUAGGAGCACUGACAUAUACUGCCUUUAUGAUUACCUUUAUGUUCCCAUCGACGGUGCUGUUGUAUGUGGGCAGCGCAGUGCUCGGACUCGGUGCUUCCAUCACUUGGACUGGACAGGGAACUUAUCUGGCGCGGUGCAGUGAAUCGACGACCAUAUCACGCAACUCCGGCGUCUUCUGGGCCCUCCUUCAGUGCAGCAUGUUCAUCGGCAAUCUGUUUGUGUACUACCAGUUCCAGGACAAGACACGCAUCGACAAGGAAACCCGGAAUCUGGUCAUAGGGGUGCUCACUGUGAUUGCCGUGCUGGGAAUCGUGUUUUUGGCUGCUUUGCGCUCUAUGCCCGACAACGCCGAGCAUGACAAUGAGUUGGAGCAGAAACACACGGGCUGGGACCAGGCCAUGUAUGCCCUGAAGUCGGCAGGACAACUCUUCUUUACCAAGAAGAUGCUGCUCCUUAGCUUGGCUUUCUUCUACACAGGGCUGGAGCUGUCCUUCUUUAGUGGUGUCUUUGGGUCCGCAAUUGGCUUUACCACGAAAAUAGCUGAAACGCCCAAAGAGAUUGUUGGCCUCGUGGGAAUUUGCAUUGGCGCAGGAGAAGUUUUCGGAGGAGGACUUUUUGGAAUACUGGGCAACAAGACAACACGCUUUGGACGCGAUCCCAUCGUAAUUGUUGGCUACAUUAUGCACAUGGCGGCCUUCUUCAUGACGUUCAUUAAUCUGCCGAACAGCGCACCAUUCAAAGAUACCACCGAUGUAUCGUACCUGGAAACGCCCAGCGCGAGCAUUGCCCUGGUCUGUGCUUUCCUUCUUGGCCUGGGCGAUGCCUGCUUUAACACUCAGAUCUACUCGAUGCUGGGGGGCGAAUAUGUGAACAAUGCCGUGGGCGCUUUUGCCCUAUUUAAGUUCACACAAUCUGUGGCGGCGGCCAUUAGCUUUUUCUACUCCUCACAUUUCGGGCUGUACGUCCAGUUGGCCAUACUUGUAGUCACUGGCACCAUAGGCACCAUUGCCUUUGUAUUCGUCGAGUGGGGCUUCAAGCGACAGCAUCGCGAGCAGGAGGCCCUGGACAAGUAAGGGGCCUAGAGGCCGGGCCUGUGUGUUAAACCUAGUAUUAGCUGAAGAAAUUCCGUUUAGGGCUAGCAAUCUUUGUCCAAUGUUUGUUAUAUUCAUUGUGAGCGCGUUGAAAUGCGUGCGACUGCGUCGUCUUCCUAGACAAUAACUGAUAAUUGAUUGUUGUUGUGCGCUAAUGUUGCUAUAUGUAUUUUAAUGUUAAAAUUCCAAAACGAAACGUAAUUAUAAAUCUAGUUGUCUAUAUGUUUUUAUAUGUGUGUAUUGUAUAUGUAUGUGCGUUUAUUUAUUUUAAGCAACGAUGUGCAAUUGUAAAUUAAUUAAACCACAGAUUUUGAGUAUUAGUCAGUUCUUCAAAGGCCGUGCAUGAGAAGCACAAGCGAAGAGAAAUAUAUAAAGAAUUUU